GCAUUUGAAGUAAUAGGAGAAGGAGCAUCUGUUGAAGAGCUUGAUGUUGCUUUUGAAGUUGAAUCCCGAGAGAACCCUAAUGAAUCAUUCAAUAAAAUCAAAAGUUCAUUUGACCAAUGAUCAAGAGGUUCAAACUGAUGAAUACAACCUUGCAAGUUAUGGUGUCAUGCAGUAUUGGUAUUGGCAGACACCGAUUGGGGUUGCUAUGGCUCUUUCUUGGACAUCAAGAGGUGGCUUAACAUCUUACAUGGAGACAUCCUUUGUUGAUCAAGGUGAAGCCAUAGGAUGCCUCUAUGUAAUGGGUCAGGUUGGGGAAGAGACGCACAGUACCGCUUGUACUGCUUACAAAGUAGCCCAUCAAAUCCUGCUCAAGAAGCAACCUGAGAACAAUUUCUUUGCGAAUUCCAUGCUUUGCCUACAUUUGCCUAGAGUUAACGAUGCAAGCACAGUCUGCACCAUGAUCACAUCCUUAUUAUCACUUGCCAUGAAGAAAGCUGUGAGGAGGGAUCUAGCAAUGAGUGGGAAAGUCACUCUAACUGGAAACAUUCUUGGAAUAGGCCGUGUGAAAGAGAAGACGAUAAGUGCAAGAAAAAAUCGAGUGAAGACUAUAAUAUUCCCGGAAGCAAACCGGAGAGACUUUGAUGAGCUGCCGAACAAUUUGAAAGAAGGGCUUGAUGUUCAUUUUUUUGAUGAAUAUGAUCAGAUAUUUGUGCUAGCGUUCAACUCUGACCAUUAGAAGAAUUUUUUUUAACAAGUCUUUGAGUUGGGGUUUUCCUC